CGCCCGCGAAUCUCCCCAAUCCCCUGUCCGGACGCCGCGCCGCCACUUCGGCGGGGCGUGGGGGCCGGAAGUGUAUCGCGCACGCAAGAUGGCGACUCCCUAUGUGACUGAUGAGACCGGGAAGUACAUCGCCUCUACGCAGCGCCCUGACGGCACCUGGCGGAAGCAGCGGCGCGUGAAGGAGGGCUACGUGCCACAGGAGGAGGUGCCGGUGUAUGAGAACAAAUACGUGAAGUUCUUCAAAAGCAAGCCUGAGCUGCCCCCGGGGCUGAGCCUGGAGCCCAACGCCCAGCCCGGCAAGCAGCCCAGCAAAGCGGAGGGCGGGGAGAGCGGACUGUCCAAAACAGCAAAAAGGAACUUGAAACGCAAGGAGAAGAGGAAGCAGCAGCAGGAGAAAGGCGAGAGGGAAACAGACGAACUGAUCCAAUCGCUGGAGAAGGUCUCCUUGUCGGGGGGCAGCGGCGGGGACACGAGAGCGGCCGCACCGCAGCCGGCCUGCAGCGCCCAGAGCUCCGCUGACGGGGAAGCCGCAGCCUCAGAGAAAAGCAAGAAGAUCAAGAACCUGAGGAAGAAGCUGCGGCAGGUGGAGGAGCUGCAGCAGCGGCUCGACUCUGGGGAGAUAAAGCAGCCGACCAAGGAGCAGCUGGAGAAGCUGGGCCGGAGGAAAGCCCUGGAGGAGGAGCUGCAGGACCUGGAGCUGGACUUGUGAGGGGGGGGCCGUCGUGGGGCCGGCGUCCCCAGCGCAGGCCUGUCUGGACUGAGCGCCGGCCCCUCUUUCCCGGGGUUUUGUUUUGGGUGGGUGCCGUCGUUUUUCCACAACAGUUGUUUUUUGGUUUGUUUCUUUGUUUCCCAGCUAUCGGUGUUAGGAAGUCGGCGACUCUCAGAUACCUCUCUCCUUUUUAAAGUUUAUUCGGGGGAGCCGGGGCAGGGCUGGUGCUGCGGGGGAGGCGGGGGCAGCAGCUCUUCCUUGACUUCUUCCCCAGCCCCUCGCAUUCUGUGUUACGGCCUGUCGUCCUCUUCCUUUUAUUUUUAAGAACGCAAU